CAUCAUUGUACUGGGAGGCAGCAUAUCCUCAGUUGUGCUCCUACCCUAAGGAUAUACAGAAGCACCAGAGGCUCACUGGUGCAGAAGACAUUGUUUUUUCACCUCCUUUGGAAGCUGAUUUGACCUUGCAAGAUGGACAUGCGUGUAGCGAGCAUCCUCCUCCUUGUGGUGACCCUGACGGCCGCCCAUGGAGAGCGGUACGUGGUGAAGAAGAUGGUGAAGGCCGCCCCUCAGUAUCAGCCCUACUCUGUGAAGAGCCAUGUGGUGUCCGUGCCUGGUGAGCCCGGCCCUGCAGGUGAGCCCGGCCCUGAGGGACCUGCUGGCCCUCCUGGCCCCCCAGGUGAGAGCGCCGAAGGCCUGUCUGGACCCGAGGGACCUCCAGGAUCUCCUGGAGCUCCUGGCCGCUCCAUUUCUGGAAAACCUGGAUCCCCUGGUGGACCUGGCAAACCUGGCAGCCCUGGACAACAUGGUGAGAAAGGUGACACUGGAGCCCAUGGCUCUCAGGGACCUAGGGGAGCACCAGGUUCUCCUGGAACCCCCGGCCCCGCUGGCCUCUCUGCUUCUGGAAAGCCUGGAUCUUCAGGUCUUCCUGGAUCAAUGGGACCUAGAGGAGAGUCUGGUCUGAAGGGACACCCAGGUAUCCCUGGACUGCCAGGUACAAAGGGAGAUAGAGGGGUGGGAGCUCCUGGACCACAGGGUGAGACAGGACCUGAAGGACCUAUGGGCCAAUCAGGUGAACCAGGUGCUGCUGGAGUUGGAAAGCCAGGAAGGACAGGUGCCCCCGGAGAGUCAGGAAAGCCAGGUAGCUCAGGUAGAGAUGGUGCCACUGGUCCCAUGGGACCACAGGGACCUAAGGGACACACUGGUGCCGCAGGUGUAGGUAUGCCAGGUAAACCAGGCGAUAAUGGUGCCCCAGGUAUGCCCGGUCCAGUUGGCUCUAAAGGCCAUCAAGGACCUGCUGGUGCCACUGGUGCCCCUGGAGUCCCAGGAUAUGGAAAGCCAGGUGCAAAUGGAGAGAAGGGAGAGAGGGGAGCCACAGGUGGCACUGGUGCCACAGGUUCAAAGGGAGAGCAAGGUCAUACAGGUUAUACUGGUGCCACUGGUGCUACUGGUGCUACUGGUCCUGUUGGACCUCAGGGUGAGAGAGGUUUCGCAGGUGAAUCUGGUGCUGCUGGCUCUAAAGGUGACACAGGUGCAACUGGAGCUCAGGGAUCUAAGGGAAACAAGGGAGAUCAGGGAGUGCAAGGUUUCCAAGGUAAACAGGGUUACCCAGGUGCUGCUGGUCCUCCUGGACCCAGAGGUGCCAGUGGAGCGACAGGCAACAAAGGUGAUGGAGGUGCCCCAGGUACCCCAGGUUCCCCCGGUAUUCCAGGCCCUGCUGGACCCAAAGGUCUUCCUGGCCGUGCAGGUGAGCCAGGUGCUUCUGGUUCUGAUGGUGCUGCAGGUAGCAGAGGCUCUGGUGGUCCUCAAGGUCCUGCUGGUACUCCCGGCCUUAAGGGACACCCAGGUCUCCCUGGUGCCCCUGGCCCUUCUGGGUUGGCUGCUAAGGGUAUCCCCGGACCACAGGGUCCCCCUGGCCUGCCUGGUGAUUCUGGUGCUGAUGGAGAAUCUGGCCCAGCUGGACCUCCUGGUGCCCCAGGUCCCCCUGGUGAGGUUAUGUUUGAGAAGGGCAAAGGCUACGGUGAGGUCAUGGUCAAGUCCCCCAUGUCUGCUUUCACUGCUUCUCUGGCCACCCCUUACCCUGCUGCUGGCAGCCCCAUUAAGUUUGACCAGAUAGUGUACAAUGCUGAGAAUCACUAUGACCCUGAAUCUGGCAUUUUCACUUGCCAGAUUCCCGGAGUUUACUAUUUCGCCUACAGCAUCCAUGUCAAUGGAGCCAAUGCUCUGGUUGCUCUGUACAAGAAUGGCCAGCCUGUUAUGUUCACUUAUGAUGAGUACAGCAAGGGCUUCCUGGACCAGAUGUCCGGCAGUGCCGUCCUCUUGCUCGACGAGCAGGACACAGUUUACAUCCAGAUCCCCGAUGAUGAGGCCAAUGGUGUCUUUGCGGCCGAAAAUGUCCACUGCUCUUUCUCUGGGUUCCUCAUUGCUUCAACGUGAUAGGUUGAUACAAUAGUUCCCAAAAGCCAACCAACUAAAUUUGCAAUCUAUUUCUCAAAUUAAAGUAAACUCCCUGUUAAAUUUCCCUCAACCAAACAGACAGGCAGUUAACAGUUCUUUGAGGAGUAGUAGCAUCUCGACUUGAAAUCUACAAGAAAUGGGUGCUUAGAGGAAGGAAAACUAAUUUAUGAAAACAGGUGAUCAGGGAUGGGGGAAGCAAUCCACAAAGGUACCAGUGAGCUUUUGUAAUGGAGACAGCAUGUGAAAUGGAGGCGUUACAACUGUGUUGUGUCAUGACUUUUUCUCUCUGUUUCUUUUAUACUGACUUCAACUGCUUAGACUUAAUUAAGUGUUUGUCUGUUUCUUUGUUUGUUUUUGUACAACCUUGUUUUUUGUUCGGAUGACCAAUAAUCUUCAAAAGUACACAAAUACUGUCUGUGCAACAUGUUGUAACUGUUGUCCUUGUACAUGACCUGGAUAUUGUGAAAUGGUGACGGUCAAAUUGAUCGUUAUGAUGAAAUAAGUCAGUCCAAUUCUGUCAUACAAACAGCAUUUGUUUAACAUCAACAUCGUUAUAUCCCUGAACAAGCAUUAUGUCAUGUAAAGCAUAGUGACCAAAAAUAAAAGAUGUCUUAACAAA